AUGAAAGCCUAUCUAAAGAGUGCAGAAGGCUUUUUUGUCCUGAAUAAAAGAACGGCAAUUGGAAGGCAUGAGGAUUCAGACCUUGUUUUAAAGUCUGCUGACAUCGACAAUCACCACGCGCUCAUUGAAUAUAAUGAGGCCGAGGGCGGUUUUAUUCUCCAGGACUUUAAUUCCCACAACGGCACCUUUGUCAAUGACUGCCACAUUCAGAAUGUGGCUGUGAAGCUGUUACCUGGAGACGUCCUGAGGUUUGGGUCGACAGGGCUGACCUACGAAUUGGUCAUCGAAAACCCACCCCAGGUCUCCUACCCGUGGGUGAGGAGUCCAACACCCUGGCCAAGGCCACAGCCACCUUGGACCACACAGCAGCCGAACCAGUCACCCUCACCACCUCAGUUCCCCUUCCACCAGGGCGUCCGGCCAGUGCCAGUGCAGAGGAGCUGGUCCCAGGGAUUCCCCCGGCCCAUGGUCCAGCCCAACUCCCACAAGCGGCCUGUGAGUGCUGGUGGGAAGAUGUUCUCGUUUGUGGCGGAUAAGGCCCACAAGUCUCCCAUCAUCAAGCAAGUGUGGACCAAUCCUGUGGAUCUGCCUGGACAAGGAGUGUCGGAGGGCCUUUCUGUGGCAGGACUUCCCAGGGAAAUUUAUGCGGAUCAGGACCCGGCCCAGCAGGAUAAGGAUGAAAUAAUUCUGCUACUGGGAAAAGAAGUCAACCGCCUCUCAGAUUUUGAAAUUGAAUCCAAAUACAAAGACACCGUGAUAGCCAAACUGCGGAACGAAGUGGCUGAAAUGACUCAGAAACUGUCGGCGGCAGCCACCCCCAGGCCAAAUGAACGGGUGGUAUCACAGGGGCCUCAGAUUCCUGAUGGAGCCAUCAAUGCCAAACAGAGAGAGAUCCAGAGCUUGAAGGGCCAGAUCACUGCCCUACAGAAAGGCUACAGCCAGGUGCUAUGCCAGACCCUGUCCGAGCAGAACUCAGAAAUCACAUCCCUGAAGAACGAGGGCGAAAACUUACGGAGAGACCAUGCCAUCACCUCAGGCAUGGUGUCAUCUUUGCAAAAAGACAUGUUAGCAAGGAAUGAGCAAGUCCAGCAACUAAAACAGGAGGUGAAUCAAUUAAAAAGUCAGAACAAAGAAAAGGAUCACCAGCUGGAAGCCCUAAAUAACAGGUGCUCAGCACUUCGAGAAGAGUUAAAAAAGGAAGAAACUCAAAAGGAACAUAAGGAAGCCCAAGAGAAAGAACUAAAACAAUGCAAAACGCAAAUUCAAGACAUGGAGCAAGAAAUGAAGAAACUCAAGGAAGAGCUGAAGAAGAGUUGCACUGAACAAAACGUGAUCUCCAAGACACUGCGAGAAAAGAGCAAGGUUGAAGAGAAACUUCAGGAGGAUUCCAGAAGGAAAUUGCUUCAUCUGCAAGAAAUGGGGAACAGAGAGAACCUCAUUAAAGUCAAUUUGGAAAGGGCAGUAGGUCAGCUUGAGCAUUUCAGAAGCCAGGUCAUCAAGGCCACCUAUGGGCGAGUGAAGCCAUUCCAGGACAAACUCAUCACCGAUCAACAGUUAAUUGAUAAAAUUACCCAGGUCACUGAGGACAGCAUCACCUUUCAGCAGAAAAAAUGGGUCCUGCAGAAGGAAACCCAGCUGAGCAACUCCAAACAGGAGGAGAUCACAGAGAACAUCCAGAAGCUGAGGACCUCUCUAGACAGCUGCCAGGCUUGCAUGAAAAAGCCUUGCUGCAGCCAUGACCUGAAGAAGGAAGUCGACCUUCUUCAGUACCUUCAGGUGAGCCCACCUGUCUCAGGGCUCCAGAAGGUGGCGCUGGACAUCCUGAACCUCUCCCUGUCCUGGCUGGAGGACACUGAGCGGCUCCUCAGGAACGUCGGGAUCCAGUUAUCUGGCUCUGACAAAGAUCAAGACUGACAGUUUCCAGGAGACGCAGCAGUCUCUGCUGCAGGAGAAGCUGCGGGAGCAUCUGGCAGAAAAAGAGAAGCUGUCCAAGGAACGGCUCGAGCAGGAAGAGAAGCUGAAAGCUAGGAUCAAGCAGCUAACGGAAGAGAAGGCGGUAAGAUUCUAGAGGAAAGCAUUGUUCAAGAAAAAAACAGAGCCAAAGAAGCAUUAGAGGAAGAACAGAAGAGAUUCCAAGAGCUGGAGAAUCACUUAACUCACGAGAAGGAGGUUUUGGAGAGCAAGAUGGCCCAUGAAAAAAGAAGAGCAAAGGAAGCCUUAGAGACAGAAAAGAGAAGAGCUCAAGAUCUGGAGAAUCACUUAACCCAGGAGAAGGAGAUUGCAGAGACCAGCAUUGCCUAUGAGAAAAACAAAGCAAAGGAGGCCAUCGAGAAGGAAAAGAAAAAGGUGCAAGAUCUAGAGAACCACUUAACCAAGCAGAAGGAGGAAAUAGAAUUAAAAGCACAAAAAGAGAACAUUUUAAAUAAUAAGUUAAAUGAUGCCCUGGCCAUGGUAGAAGAGACACAGAAAGCCAAGGUGGCUGAAAGUCUGAAAGUAGACAGCCUCACAAUCAAAGUAAAUGAGACAUUAGCUGAACUGGAAACUACCAAGACCAAGAUGAUCAUGAUGGAGGAGCGAAUAUUGCUGCAACAGCAGACAAUAACAGCUCAGCAGGAUGAGCGGGAGUCACAGAAACAUGGAUUUGAGAAGGAAAUCGCGGAAUACAAGGAGCAAAUCAAACAGCACUCCCAGACAAUCGUGAGUCUCGAGGAAAGACUCCAAAAAGUGACUCAACACCAUAAAAAAAUAGAAAAUGAGAUCGCAGCUUUGAAGGACAGUGACCCAGGUCAAAGGGAAGAAAUUCAGCCAGACCCUCCCGCGGCACCUCCAUUGAAGAGCAAUCCCAAAGAGGACGUGUGCAACCACUUGAUAGAAGAUUUAUUGACUGCUCAGAAGGAAAUCCUGUCCCAGCAAGAAGUCAUUAUGAGGUUGAGGAAAGACCUUACUGAAGCCCAUGGCCGAAUGUCAGAUUUGAGAGGGGAGCUCAGUGAGAAGCAGAAGAUGGAACUGGAGCGGAACGUGAUGCUGGUCCAGCAACAGAGCAGCGAGCUGAGUGUGCUCAAGGAGAAGAUGGUGCAGAUGACCGCCCUGAUGGAGAAGAAGGACAGGGAGCUGGAGAUCCUUAAGGAGGCACUAAGGGCUUCCCAAGAGAAAAACAAAGUCCAGCUGAGCAUGGAGAAGAGCCAGAAGCCCAGGAAUACGGCCCAGAUGUGCGACAUCUCGGUGCAGAUAGAACAAAGCCACACAGAUACUGUCUUCAGCAGCCAGGAGGAGCAAUCCUUCAGUGACCUGGGAGCCAGAUGUAAAGGGUCCCGACAUGAAGAAGUCAUUCAACGUCAGAAAAAGGCCUUAGCUGAACUUCGAGCACGGAUUAAAGAACUUGAGAAGGCCUGCUCAUCAAGGCCCAUUCUAACCUUUGAGAAGCCCAGGAAAAUGGAUGCAGCCGAGGCUUUGGAGCUCAGUGAAAAGCUGUACAUGGAUAUGAGCAAGACACUCGGGAGUCUGAUGAACAUCAAGGAUAUGUCAGGCCAGGUGUCCAUGAAAUACCUGUCCCCAAAAGAAAGGGAGAGAGUCAACCAGCUUCGACAAAGGGACCUUGAUCUGGUAUUUGAUAAGAUCACCCAACUCAAGAACCUGCUGGAGAGAAAAGAAGAGCUUCUGAGAAACUACGAGAAAGACAUUGAACAGCUCAGGCAAAGCAAAGUGUCCGUUCAGAUGUACCAGUCACAGGUGGCCAAGCUGGAGGAUGAAAUCUACAAAGAGGCAGAAGAAAAGGCCCUGCUGAAGGAGGCCCUGGAGCGCACAGAGCACCAGCUGUGCCAGGAGAAGAGGCUCAAUAGGGCAAUCAGGCAGCAGAAGGAUGGAGCCAGAAAAGCUACCUUGAAGAUGGACCAGGAAAGGGAGAUGUUGAAGAAAAGUUCAUCCAACAAAUCCAGCCAGAACCUCUUGUUCUCUAAGUCUGGUGGAAGAAACUAG